AUGAAGGCAGACAACCGAAAAUCCAAACCACCUCUGGCGGCAGACCGGAAAUCCUGGGUUGUUUUUGAGACACCGAGCAAUGUACACAUGAGUGAGGUUAAAACCCGAAUCGUUAAGAUGACCUCCCUCGCUGGAGAGCACAUGCCACUUGGAAGCAAGUCCGAAGAUGCUGCGAAUAUCUUUGUGCAGUAUAGUCAGCGAACCACAAGAAUUCAUCGACGGGCUGCGAAAUUCGUGUCUAACCAGAUUUCGUUCCCAAAUUCGUUUCUUCGGAAGAUAAACUCGACGUCGCCGGCCAGUAAUAUCUCUGUGGGCAUCAGCCUUCCAGUCAACAAACAGAUGUUACAAGAGCAAAUUUUAGGCCAAAAAGCAGGACCGAUGCAUCUGCUAGUCGCCAGAAGAGACGUCAACGCUGCCGCUACAACCUGCUUUCAGCCAUUGGAAAACCGGCACUUUGACAAAUCGCGGCACAAAAUCGAGGCAAAGGCAUUAAAUCGCAUAGACAGAGCAUAUGUGAUUUUAAUUUCUACAAAGAAAAACCGUGAUCUGAAGUGCGGCACGGGUGAGGUCGAGGGCGGAGAUGAAGGCGCUGUCAGCGAUAGGCGAAAGGCGACUGCGAGUCGCGAAGUCUACACCGUAGAACCAUCGUCACCAGACGUCACGCCCAUGACAAGCUCGGCCGGGGUACCAACAGUUCCAAAGAUAUUUAAAGCUUCCUCGAUGUCCAGAUAUGCUAGCAGAGGGCUCAUGACUGUGCAGCUUCUGCUUUUGGGCCUGUUUCUGUAA